UCAGUGGAGGAACUCAAUGGAUUUCCAGAGGACAAAAGGAACAGCCUGUAAAACUGGGUUCUGUAGCAACUUGAUACUGGAAUUCUUUUAGUUUAGCAGGACAUGGUCAAGUGCUGUUCUCAUUUGCUUUGAAGAAACUACAGAAUCCAAAUGAUAUUACUUUUGAAAACAUUACCCAAUAGUCUUCUACUUUAUAUAAGCACAUCGUGUCCAUUCAACCUGAUACAUCUGAUUUUCCAAUUUUUUAUACAAAACCCUAUGUUUAUAAACUUUGAACAAUACAGAAGAGGAAUUCUAGAUUGGCUUAACCUGCCCAAGUGAUUCCUUUUCCUCCCUGGAGUCGGCCCCGCUGCCAGCCAGGCUGCUUGGGCCUGUGCGGCCCGUCCUCCCAGCCUGCCAGCUGGUUGAGGUGGUGCGGGGCCUGCGGCAGCCUCCAAAGCCAGCCCUGUGGCCAGCUGGCGCCGCUGCAGCCUGUGCGGCCCGUCCUCCCACCCUGCAAGCCGUGAUGCUGAAUGUUGGUGAGUGGUGGUACGAUGAGGAGUUCUUCUCUUGAAACUGACUUACAAAACUCUCAUGAAGAAGGAAAGCUAUACAUGGUUGAUUCCUUAAACAACUUAAAUGAACAGCAUCUUUGCGUGGUUCAAUCUCAGCAUCAAACCAUCUGGCAAGAGAACACAGAUAGUGCUGGUUGCUGGACAAUGCAAAACAGCAUGAGAUGCCAUAGCUGGUUCUUUGUCACAUCGAUCAUUACUUUAAUAGUCAGCUUGGCACUUGUUUCCUUUGUAAUAAUCUUAAUAGUUCACACUGGAGACAAGAUGGAUGAUGUGUCAAGAAAAAUAGUACUAGAAAAGAAGAACAUUGAAGACCUUAAGAAACUAAAUGAUAUGAUUUUACAAUACCUAAACCAGACAGAAGCUGAUUCUGCACAUGUUGGAUAAUGCACUUUCAACGCACUUUAACAAUCGUUUGGAAGUGGAUUUUUUGUUUCACACAAGAAAAAGUUGGUUCCAAAUGAUCUCUAAAGAGGAUUGGAACUGCAUUAUCCAACGUGUGUGGAAUCAGCCACUGUGGAUAGAAAACAUAGGAAACCUCAGCAAGAUGCAAACAAGUCAACCAAGCUCUGAUCUUCCAGGCUAAAGAAUGCUCAGCUGGAAACAGUAGGCCCAGGGGCUAACUUGUGCAAUGAAUUCUAUUCUUAUCUAAUUUCAGAUAGAAUUUGUGUGAGAUAUUUUUUUAAAAAAUUAAUCAUUCUGUGCGCUCCAUGAUGCUUAGCCCAAGCCUGGAAAAGCAAUCAGGGCUAUGUUUCUAUCACUAUGUUUGCAGCCUUUCUAGAUUUCUUGCUUAUCCCUGGGGAUAUUGAUAUAUGGAAGGCAGAGCUCAGUGCAAGCAUUUGAUUUUGAAGAGCUGCUGCUAGACCCCAGACCUAUAAAUAGUUACACACACACAGUGUCAGAUAUUGUGAUUCAUGUUUACAACUCAGUAUAAUUUAGAAUAGAAAAAGUAUCAUCCAAUUUCUGAGAGGCUGCAUAUGUUAGCAGACGUACAUCAUAAAGUAUCCAGUACUUCCUACAUGGUACAAAGUAAGUGCUGGUGCAUGGUACUACUUUGUAAAGUGCAUCCAGUUUUUCAAAAUUACAAAAGUGAUUAAUUAGGGUAAGAUUAAUCAGGGACUUUGUUAGUGUAAAAAAAUAAUUUGUUCACAUGUGAACAUACAUCACAUUUGAUCACUAUGACCCAAAUGUGAGAACCAUCCUGGGUUGAAAGUACUGUGUUUGAGACAAUAUCUGCGAUAUGAAAGAUCCAUCUGGGAUAAUUAAUCUAUUUUUCUUGUAGUGAUCACAUCAUGUACCCCCAAAUGUAGCUAAUUAAGCCUUUCAAAAUUCAUAUAAUACUUUUAUUAGGACCAACCCAAUGAUACAUAAUAGUGUGCAAGCCAAUGUUACAAAAUGAAAAAGAUGAGAAAAGCAGAUUUUAAGCAAAUUUUGAUAUUUAAAAAGCAAUUGGUGGAAUCUUUUGGAAGGCUAUUAGGUUCACCUAAGAGUAUUCAUCUGCUUGCAUAUAAAAAAAGGUGGAAGGGAGACUACUGUGGCUUCACAUCUCAUUAAUAACCCUGAUGUAAUGUUCUCGAGUGUCAAAGCAGGCAAGAAGAACAAGGACAAGAGAAAGAAUACAACUUUAAUCCAU